GGUGAACUUGCGACGAUAGUUUUCGUCGGAAUACCAAUUCAUUUUUUUUUUAUAUUAAUCAUUUGUGUUUGCAACAUGAGAGUAUGUUAUUAUAUCAAAUAUUUUAAUUAAUAUUUUAAUCGUUAUAAUGGAAACACUAUUUUAUAGAGGCAUUCGCGAACAAAUAUAUAAUUUUUUUAAAUGGGUAGCAUUGUAGAUAUUACAAAUGAUAAAAAUUCAUUGAAUACCGAAACUAUAUGGUCAUUUUUGAGAAAUUUGCUUAUUGUCUCCAAUGUAAAUGACGUCAGUGGUGUACUGAUAAAAGCUUGUAUCACCUGUAAAGGAUUGGCGCCUCGGAAAUUAUAGGAUGGAGUCCGUAGGUACGUGUGGAAUAUUAGUUCGAUCCUCGUAAUAUAAUAACGAUCAAAGGAUAACUGGACCUGGCAAAAAAAAAUAAAAAAGACUGAAAAGAAAAAACGAAAUAAAAUGGCAAACACGGCACAUCUAGUUCGUCGUCAAAGUUCUCGGGAUUUAAAACCACAAAAGAAUGUCGAUAAACUGGAAAUGAAAGAGAUGAGAGGUAGAUUAGUUGUGGACAAUCGUAAAAAUAUUACCAGUGUCAAUUACGGAGCUACGAACGCAGCCUUUGAUGAUUCCAGUCCAAAUAAAAAAAGUAAGCCGGUGAACGAAGGUGGGGGUAGUAAAUUAGGCAGUAACGAGGGUAAAGGAAUUUUUCGACCAGAAGCUGGCGAGGAUGAACGUGAAAAUUGGGAUAGCAAGCUCACGUUUCUUUUGGCUACUGUCGGUUAUGCCGUUGGUCUCGGAAAUGUAUGGAGAUUUCCUUAUUUGGCACAAAAAAAUGGCGGUGGAGCAUUUCUGAUACCCUACUUCGUUAUGCUAGCUAUCGAGGGUAUUCCAAUAUUUUACCUUGAAUUGGCUAUUGGCCAAAGAUUAAGAAAAGGAGCCAUCGGUGUUUGGAAUCAGGUUUCACCAUAUAUGGCUGGCAUCGGAGUUAGUAGUGCUGUCGUUUCUUUUAAUGUAGCCCUUUAUUACAAUACUAUUAUCGCUUGGUGCCUCUUUUAUUUUGUCCAGAGUUUUCAAUCUCAACUACCUUGGGCCGAAUGUCCGAAUAAAUAUUUUCAAAAUGGAUCUUAUGCGCCGGAGCCAGAGUGCUUGCAAAGUAGCCCAACUCAAUAUUUUUGGUAUCGGACGACUCUGAUGAUAUCUAAAGAUAUUAAUACACCGGAAGUAUUUAAUUGGAAGAUUGCAUUGGCUCUAAUUAUCGCUUGGAUAUUGGUUUACAUGUGUAUGAUCAAGGGAAUUGCAUCUUCAGGCAAGGUCGUUUACGUUACCGCUACCUUUCCAUAUAUCGUAUUAAUUAUCUUCUUCUUUCGAGGAGUCACUUUACCGGGAAUGUCAGAUGGAUUACGGCAUCUCUUUACACCGAAGUGGUGGACUCUUACAGACCCAGUAGUAUGGUUGGAAGCUGGUACUCAAAUAUUCUUUUCUCUUGGCUUGGCAUUUGGAGGUUUAAUAGCCUUUUCCUCCUACAAUCCAGUUAACAAUAAUUGUUAUCGCGAUGCGAUAAUGGUCAGCUUUACAAAUUGCUUUACCUCUAUGUUUGCUGGGAUAGUUGUUUUCUCCAUUAUAGGAUUUAAGGCCACUAUGGUUUACGAAGAAUGUUUGGCAGAACGAAAUUUGAUGUUAAUAAAUAUUUUCGGUGCCGACGACAAAAUACCUGAUUUUAUUCCUGAUGCAAAUACUUUACUUAAUAUCACGUCUGGCAAUGGUUCUUUGGACAAUUUAGUAAUGCCAAAAUUACCCGUAUGCGAUUUAGAAAAAGAAUUAGAUAAUUCUGCAUCAGGUACUGGUUUAGCAUUCAUCAUUUUCACUGAGGCGAUUAAUCAAUUUCCUGGUGCUCAAUUUUGGUCUAUCUUAUUUUUUUUGAUGUUAUUUACGUUGGGUAUCGAUUCCCAGUUUGGUACUCUCGAAGGCGUUGUCACAAGCAUUGUUGACAUGAAGCUUUUUCCCAAUUUACGGAAAGAAAUUUUAACAGGUGGAAUUUGUUUGGUAUGUUGUGUCAUUUCAAUGGCUUUCGCUCAUGGUGCUGGCAGUUACGUCUUUGUGCUUUUUGACAAUUUCAGUGGAAAUUUUCCAUUAUUGAUUAUCGCAUUUUUCGAAUGUAUUGGAGUAUCUUAUGUAUAUGGAUUGAAGAGGUUUGCCGAUGAUAUAGAAUUAAUGACGGGUAAUCGUCCAGGACUUUAUUGGUUGAUUUGUUGGAAAUAUCUUAGUCCUUUGGCGAUGUUAAGUAUUUUGAUUGCUUCAUUCAUUGAAAUUAUUGUGGAAGGAAGCGGAUAUCCUGCAUGGGUUUCAAACUUGGGUACAACGGAGAGACACGAAUGGCCAGUAUGGGCUCUCAUCCUUAUUGGUAUUCUUAUUCUUGCAUCUGUUCUUUGGAUACCUGUAGUUGCCAUUUGCAGAUAUUUUGGUAUUUUCAUCAUUGAUGACAAUGAAAAAGCCUGGUUCCCUGCAGCAGAUCUAAAAGAAUUUCACGGAAUCGUACCCCAUGAAGUUACUGCCGCUGAAACACUAUUGUUCUGCAUAAGAAGUGAUGGUACAGAAGGAUUAUGUUGUCCGACAGGUGGUCCUAGCGAUGAUGACGAGGAUCUCACCUAGGAAAGGUCUUACUUAUUUAUUUCAUAUUAAAUACGUGUUUGAUUGCUUUUUAACUCGAGAAACAGUUGCUUCUGCUAACAAAAAUAAUUAAUGUUAUUAAUAUUUUUGUUUAAUCGAUUUCAUUACGAUUUCAAAGUAUUUUUUAAUUACUAUCAUUACUAAUUAUAUUUAAUUGUCAAAUUUAUCGAGUCAAUUAAUCUGAAAAUAAUAGGAGGUAUUGCAUUUCGUGAGUAAUAAUACUAUACGAAUGCUUUUAUGAAAUUUUAUUAUUAUUGUUUCUCAUAAUUUUAAACAACAUUAUUAAAGUCCUCAAGUGUGUCAAUAUUAGUCAAGAGAGAAAAAAAAGGAAACCCGUUCAAAGUUGUGGAAAUUUACAAAAAUUAGAUAUUAGGUAAGGAAACAUACAUUACUAAUAUUAUUAGUAGCAAAAAAUGGGUAUGAAUCGUUAUUUUGCUUUAUCCGUUAAACAAAUAUGUUUAAUAAUAAAUGAAUAUUAUAUAAUGGAUUAAUAAUAACGGAUAAAUGAAAGGAAAUUCGAAUUUCAUGAGAGAAUAUUAUCGCGACUUUAUUUUUCGUACGUCGAAUGUAUUGCUAUUAUGCUUAGCAUUGUCUUCGACGUGUAAAUUUCUAUUUACAUAUUAUGAAAGGAACGUAUUAUAUCGAAAUGCGAUGCAAUUUACAAGUUUUUAAAAUAUCUUACUAUCUUUUUCUCGUGCGUAUUAUUAUUAUUUAUACCAGAUAAUAUUUGUCAA